AGGAAUCCGGGGGAUUUAGUUCCUCAGCUUUCAGACAAAGACAUUUUCUCCAAGGGCAUAAACCCAGACCUCGUAACCAUGGCAGCAGGGAUGAUGGAGAAGCUGCUCUGGUGCUUCUUGGUCUCCAUUAGCUUCUCUGAUGCUUUUGGCCAGACAGACCUAUCUAAGAAGGCCUUCGUAUUUCCAAAAGAGACAGAUAAUUCUUAUGUAUCUUUGGAAGGACAGUUAAUGAAGCCUCUAAAAGCCUUCACUGUGUGUCUCCAGAUGUACACUGAGCUGAGCAAGACCCGUGGGUUCAGCAUUUUCUCUUAUGCCACCAAGAAACAACCUAAUGAGAUCCUCAUAUUUUGGUCGAAGAAUAGAGGAUAUGCUUUUGGUGUGGGUGGGCCUGAAGUAUUAUUCAAGGCUGCUGAAAUUCCUGCGGCUCCAGUCCACAUCUGUGCCAGCUGGGAAUCUGUCACCGGGAUUGCAGAGCUCUGGGUAGAUGGGAGGCCCAGGGUCAGGAUGAGUCUGAACAAGGGAUACACUGUGCAGCCAGAGGCAAGCAUUAUCCUGGGACAAGAACAGGAUUCGUUUGGCGGGAGCUUUGAUACAAACCAAUCUUUGGUGGGUGACAUUGGAAAUGUGAACAUGUGGGACUUUGUGCUAUCACCAGACGAGAUCAACACAGUGUAUGUUGGUGGGACCCUCAGCCCCACUGUCCUGAACUGGCAGUCAUUGAAGUAUAAGGCAAACGGUGAAGUGUUUAUCAAACCUCAGCUGUGGCCCUGACACACUGUCUUGGGUCCUGAAUGUGCCUCACGAGGAUUUCACCUCAGGAGCCUUGUGUCUCAGGUACAUGUUGCAAGCAUUCUCUGUAAACAGGUCACAGAGGAUGUAAUUUAAGUAUUUGGCUUGGGAACUUGUGAACUACAUUGGGACGCUUUAUCCACAAGAAUCAUAA